AUGGAGUCGAUGAAUGGAAAAGGCGGCGACGGGGGUCAACCGGCGUCGCGCCAAAAGAGCUGCGACGCCUGCGUCAAGUCGAAGCGCAAGUGCGACAAGCACAUGCCCGUCUGUCGCCGCUGCGCCAGGAGAGGCUACCUAUGCAACUAUCCCAAGCGGACUGUCGAUGCGACAGCAGCAAGCCAGCAGCAGCCUCGUCAGGAUUCCGUCGUCUCGUCCUCGGGUCUCUCCUUGCUCGACGAGUUCAACUUUGCCCAGCCACCGGCGGCGCCUCUGGCCGAUCCUGCUAGCGUCACAGGUGCGGAAGAGGUCGACUACAGCUUCUUGAGUGCUCCUGCGUCCGUAGCCCCGGCACCGUUUGCAAGCAUGUCUGAUAUCACGCCGCUGUCGGAGCUCCCAGCAGACGUGCCGUGGUUCAAAUUCAUCACGACGGCGGAGGAGGAUCGUCUCGCCAAGCCGGAUGGCUGGUUCGCCAACCCAGCCUUUGACCAGCAGGCAGUGACGACUUUUCAUAAGCAGAUCUCUGCGCCAAUCCCUUGCGAUGUCGAGAACACAAAGAUCAAUGACCUCUGCAUCCACUAUGAGCCCUGGCAGCUAUACGACUCCAACACCAAGGUGCAUUUUGUCACAAACGCCAUCAAGAGCUUCCAUAACACAUUCGCCCAAGAGAACCGGACGCCCUUCAUCCACCGCCAUCUCUACAAGGAUUUCAUGCCCCAGACCAUCCUGCAGUGUUUCACCGUCUGCACAGCCUAUGCCAACCAGACCGAGUUCACGCGCGCGGUUGUCCUUCGGACCCUGCAGCGCAGCAUCGACGAGCUCAAGGCCGGGACUCUUUCAUCGCUCCCAGCGACUGCUCCGCUAGAAAAGAUUGCCCGCACCCAGGCUCUCCUGCUCUACCAGACCGUGCGUGUGUUCGACGGUGACGUGUCUCUGCGGGCUCUCGCGGAGAGGGACAUGCCCCUUCUUGAGCAACGCAUCUUUGAGCUGACCAGGUGUCGGGACAAUCACAAUCUGCUAUGGGGCUUGAGCGACGAAUCCCUCAAGUCCGCAAAGCCCGAAUCGUGGGAGAGAUGGAUAUUUACAGAGUCUGUAAGGAGGACAGCUGUGAUGGGCCACAUUUUCAUCACACUAUACAAGCUCAUGAUUGGAAAGGCCAUUGAAGAUCUCCUCGGCCCCUGGAAGGAAGUCCAUCGCUGGACACUAUCCCGGCAUUUGUGGGAGGCCGGGUCUUCCUUUGACUUUUAUCAACAGUGGGAGAAUCGAAAGCAAUAUCUCAUCGACACCUUCCACCUCGAAAAAUUCCUCAGGCAAGGGUGCGGAGACGAUGUGGACGACUUUGCCAGAAUAAUGCUCGUCAUCCCUGCCACGUUUCCUGCGAGUGACCAUGCGCGGGCUUAUGAACAAGGAGGUGCGGUAGAAAUCCUCACCUCCGUAUCACGAGAAGAGCACGAUGCACCCUCUUCCGGUCGUGCCACGCUGUGCGGCCACCUGAAACCCGGCUGUCCUCCCCAUCCACAAGAUCAAAGCCAGGCCGGACAUGAAGAAGACACAAGCCCUCGCCGAAAUUUCUUCCAAUGA